CGGGGCCUGCCCCCUCACUUCGCCACAGCGCUCGGGUCGGCGGCGGCGGUGCGCAGAGCGGAGCGGGGCGCCAUGUCUGGCCGUGGCAAGAGCGGCGGUAAGGCCCGCGCUAAGGCCAAGUCUCGCUCGUCCCGCGCUGGGCUGCAGUUCCCGGUCGGGCGCGUUCACCGGCUGCUGCGGCGCGGGCACUACGCGGAGCGGGUGGGGGCCGGCGCCCCGGUGUACCUGGCGGCCGUGCUGGAGUACCUGACGGCAGAGAUCCUGGAGCUGGCGGGCAACGCGGCCCGCGACAACAAGAAGACGCGCAUCAUCCCGCGGCACCUGCAGCUGGCGGUGCGCAACGACGAGGAGCUCAACAAGCUGCUGGGCGGCGUCACCAUCGCGCAGGGCGGCGUGCUGCCCAACAUCCAGGCCGUGCUGCUGCCCAAGAAGACCGGCGGCGGCGUGGGCCCCACCAAGGCCGGCAAGAAAGGCAGCGGACAGCAGUCGCAGGAAUACUAGGCCGGUCGGCCGCCCCCCGGCAUCACACAAAGGCCCUUUUCAGGGCCACCCACAUUGCUCACCGGGAGAGCUGCCAUCCGCGGAGGGGGAGGGUGGUGGGGGGGAGGGCGCCUGGCUCUGUCGUGCCUGGAGGCGGUGCCGGGCCCGGCCGGGCGGGGCUGGCGAGCGGCUGCCUGCUUCGGCGCAGGGCGGCGCGCCGGCGGCGGCGUCUGCAGCGGGCUGCAGGGAAGGCGAGAAACAAGCCCGCUCAGGUCCCGUCUGCAAAACUGAGCAGAAGAGUUGUUCCGUAAGGACUUGGCCACACUGGGGUGCUCAUAAUUAAACUGUAUUUAUCACCUGUUACACACAUUCAGUGGGCAUUGCAUAGAGAAUAAACAAUGUUUCGUUUCUAAAA